AAAUCGCAUUAAGACAUAAAAUUAACCGUCUUGAUGCGAGGAAAAAUUACGCUUUAGGUGAUCCAGAAUCGAAGGAGUCCAUAUCUGAUUCUGAAAAUACACCAAGCCUGGUACCUCAGCUUAAAAAUAAUGAUUAUAACCCUUUCAAAGAACAGAUAGUAGAAAUAGAUUCAAUGUUAGCUG